CAUCUACAAAUUCACCGUUUCUUACACCAAAAGUCUUUUUAUGCAAGAUACUCUACUUAAAUAAGAAGUAUUAGUGGUGGUCAACCAUUGCACCUGCUAUUCCAAGCAUAGACCCAUCGGAUCUGUUUCAAGAAUCACGUGGCACUUUAGGCGCUAAUAAAGUAAUGAUCACUGCCACUUCCAAACCAAGCGAAAUUUCUUGCACAAAAAUUAGUAAAUUUGUAAGCGCAGUAUGUUCGAAACUAUUUGAAAUCAAACGUAUAUAUACUACGUAUAUCUCUUCAUGGUCACUUCGCGUCAUAAAUGUCGGGUUUUGAGUUGAGUAUUUUUGGAACAUGUAAUAUUUCCAGACAACAUAUUUCAAGAUCAUCGAAAACGGUGAGGUGUACUCUUUUCUGAAUAAUUACAAAUUUAAUUUAUGUUAUUAAAUGUAUCUUUUUACUGUCAACUUUAUUUGUUAAUAACUUUUUAAUUAAUACUGAGCGAUGGUUAAUACCUUACGAAAUUUUCUCAGGAAAGUGUCCUUAUGAUAACAUACAUAUAACAAGGUCAAGGUGAUUGAAAGUGCUUCCUCUAUCAUAGAUAAUUACCAAAAGAGUUAUUCAGAAUGUUGACUUCGAAAAUAUACACUUAAGAACUAUAUCCGUGCUGAAAGUAUUAAGGUGGACAAGAUAAACGAUACAUCUUAUGGAAUGGGCAUGGACCCCACGAGAGCAUGCGUGUACAUUUACGGACUGCUGUUAUGGGCACAAACUCAAACCAGUCAUUUAGAAGCAAAACUCGGUAAAAUUUAGAAAAUAAAAUAUUUUAAAUAGUGUUACGUUUCCGUCUCGGAAAUUUCCUUAUUUGGUGUCGGAUGUGCACACCCAGCAUAAACAGUCUUCUAGAAAAUUUGAGACCAACGCAAAGCAAAAGCGCGGUCCCUCGGAGUCACGUAGAGUCCGUCCCCACCACCCUUUUUUACUCUAAUUUUUUGGUAUAAAAAGGGUGGCGGCGAAGGCACUUUGGGUCUAGUUGAAGUCUAGAAACGGUUCGAUACACGUCAGUACGUUUCUCUUACGGAUAAUCUCUCCAACAAGGAAACUCAGCAAGGUCGGGUAUUCAAGUCCCUUUCAAGCACUCAAUAACUAUACAGAACAGUACGAAGGUUAUCAUCGCAAAAUUGAUGCAAUUUAUAUGUUACCAGAAAAUACUAAUAAUGGAAUUGAUAAAAUAAAAAAAGUCGAGGACAGGAAUCCAAAGAGGAAUGUAACUGUAAAAUAUUUAUCUUCUGAAGUAAAACGUAAACCAUCAUCGCAAAUGGUUUGGUUGGAUUAUCAAACGAAUCCAUCGAUUUCUCUUUCUGCAUCAAAUUUAAUUAACGAGGCAAAAGGCGGUCUGCAGCACACAACACAAUUAAAACCCUUAAAUCAACAAAUCAGUAAUACUCAGAAUAUGUUUCACAUACAUCAACUACCUCAACUACCUCAACUACCUCAACGAAAUAGUAUUCAGAAUGUACCACUUGAGAAUUUGUCGUUGCAACAUUUUCAAUAUAAACUUCCGUAUCGUCAAAUUGAUUCAGAUUUGUACGUUUCAAAAACAUUCUCGCAUUUACCACUGAGUUCAUUAAGUAAACAAGAUGUUACAUAUUUGUCCAAAUCUCCAAAACAAAUGGAACCAAUUCAAGUAAAAUCUAGAUGUACUAAUAGCGACAUAUCAUAUCAUAAAUCGUUGAAUGUACCUCAAAAUCAAUCCAAAGGUCAUACUAAUUUAACAGCAGGUUUACAUUCUUUUCGACCAGAAAGUAGGAAAAAUGUAAAUUAUAGAUCUACACCAGUAACCGUAGAAAGAAAUAGGCCUAGUACAUCUCUAUCAAGGACAACAUCAAAUUCAUCAAAGUGUACUUUCCAAAGUUAUUCGAAUUAUCCUUUAAGAAAUGUUAACCGUUUGCAAAAAUCGGUUGCUGAUACACCUAUGCGCUCACUGAUGCUUUCCAAUAAUGAUUAUUUUCCUUCCAAAAAUUUGGACGAUAUAAAAAUUUCUCAAGAAAGUAAAAAAUCUUCAGUUCAGGAAAGUGAAAGUAAAACAGCAACGAUAAUAGAGAAUGAAUUAGAUAAAUACAUUGCUAAUAUUUAUAAACUCCAUCAGGACCAUAACAUGCAAAGUUUAAAUUAUGAAGAAAAUAAAAAUACUUCAUUGGAUAACGAUCGACAGUAUUACGAAGAAAACCAGUCAAAUGAAAAUUUGUCUAAAGAUAUUGAGGAGGUUUUAGCGUUGGCAGGUGAUCUUGCAUCAAAAACAGCAGAUUUAAAUGAUGCCAUUGAUAUUCCAAUUUCAGAGAAAAACCGUGCUGUAUAUGAAGGAUUCGAAACAUCCGUAGUGGUAGAAAAAGAUAAAAUCAGUGCCGAUACUACGUUGUAUGAUCCAAAAUUAAAUUUAUGCGAAAAUGUUGAAAAGUCUGAGCAACAACUAUCUACAUUACACGGAGACCAAAAUAUUGAUUCUGUUGUCUUGUCAAAUGAUAAGUUCACAGAACAGAAUGAUGAUGAAAAUGUAAUUUUAGAAGAAAACUUGCAUCAUGAGAAACCUUUUAAAGAACAUGGCGUUUUUGUCUCAAAGGAAUCACAACUCGAUCAUUGUUCCUUUGAGGCUGUUGAAGAAUUAAAACCAUGGGAUUUAGAUUCUAUACAAAAACAAAUAAAGGAAGCAAUGUUAACUGUAGAAACUGAAAAUGAAUUUAGUGAAAAUGAAAUAAUUAACAAUAUUCCUGAACUAAAUGAAGAUAACACAAAAGAAGUUGAAGAAAUAAAUGAAGUAACGAUUGCAAAAAAUCAGGUGGGAAAUCAAGAUUUUGAAAAGGAAACAAAUUUAGAUAACAUAAAUGAUCAAUUAAACGUACAAAGUAAUGAUUAUCUUGAGUUAAAAGAGGACCCUAUAGACAACUGCAAAACAGAAACAAGCGAGGUUUCUGAUUUACCUAAUAAGAGGUUAGAAGAUGUACAAUAUUAUAUGAAUAAUGAGAACAUCAUAGAAAAUUCAGAACCAGAGCAUUACACAUUUACUGAACAGAAAGAAAUUGACAAUGUACAAACAGAUGAGUGCUAUGAAACAAAUGAAAGUAAUGUACAAGAAUAUAAUGAUCAAAAUUACAUUGAAGAAUCUAAUCAAGCACAAAAUUAUAUGGACAAUUUUAAAACAGAGCAGUUUAAUUUAAACGAAGAAUAUAGCUGCAACCAAAAUAUGUCAUAUGAAGUUAAUCAAGACCUAAAUUAUGAUCAAAAUGUGCCCUCUCAUGAUGGUCAACAGCAAGAAUAUCAAGAAUAUGUACAAGAGUCAAACGAACAUAACUCUGAAAAUCAGUAUGAACAUGUUUAUAACAUACAGUCUCAGGAAAAUUUAGAUCAGCAGGAUGCGUGUUAUCAACAACCUGAUCCAAAUCAAGCAUCUGAAACUAAUGUGGAUCAGUCUCAUGAAUAUAUGGAUUUUAAUCGAUCAGAAAUCAUGCAAAAAGAUGAAGAUAAACCGAGUAAAUAUGAGCAAUCACAACAAGAAAUAGAAGAAGUAUCAGAAAAGUUUAACGAGUCUCAAAAUAAAAGUACAAAAGCACUAACUGAAAAUGAAUCAAAUCCGAAAAAGGAUGUAAUCAAAUCUUUAUUAGAUUCUGAUACAGACAGUACAAUUGAAAGAAAUGUUUCAAAUACAGAAAGCGAUUUUGAUUUUAAUUAAAAUGCUAGAAAUAUAGUAGUUCAGCUUUGCACAAAUAGUAAAUUUGCUUCUGUAUUUUGUUUUUAAUGCUAAAUCAAAUACAUUCAUAAGUAAAUUAAAAAACAAAUUUUGUUACAAUGUGUUUUUAUAUUUGCUUUAUGUUGCGAAGCAAAUUGAUUUUGUAAUACUAUUUAAUCUGUUUUUAACUCUUACAGUUGAUGUUGCAAUUUUAAUACAUAAGGUGCCACAUGUUACAUGGAACCUACUUCAGCAAUUCAUUCAGCACUGGAAUACAAUAAAAAAAAAUUUAUAUAAAUAUAUGUUCUAUCGGACCUUGUUUAUUAAAUAUAACAAGUUUUAUGUUGUACCAUUUGAUAUCUGAUUAUUACACAGGAGUCAAAAUGUCUAUUGCAUUUUAAGGUGUCAUUGAGCUCGUCUUUCUCAGUACUUCCUUAUAUUUAUCAAAUUGAUUGGAAACUUUGUAUAGUUCUUAUUCACGGAAGGAAGUAAUUCAUAAAGUAUUAUGAUAGUUUAAAUAUAAAAGACAUCAAAGUUAUUUGUAAAUAAAAUGGAAAGACUAGUUCUUCUUAAUAAAACUAUUGCAACACAAAACUUACUGUUUCAUAAACAAAAUCAAACAUUGCAUAUGUUUAUAUAAACUUUUUUUAUUGUUUAUAAGUAUUGAAUCAAUUUCAAAAGUAAAUUGAACAUACUACAGAACAGCUUAGUAUGUAAGUACAUAAGUGAAACACAAUUGGAUUUUAUUCUUAAUAUUUGCAAUUUAUUAUAUGUGCAUGUACAAUGCACAUUUAACUCGAUUCCGUCCUGAAUGCCUUAUAAGCUAUAUACAUAUAGAUGUUUUGUUCAUUUCAAAAUGUAUAUUUUUUUAACAAUGUAAAAAGCAUAAAAAUAGUUAAUUGUAGAAUGUAAACAUAUCGCAAUUAAGAAUUACAAAAUAUUAAUGUAUGUUUUAAUGUAAAAAUUAUUAACUACUCCUGUAUAUUGUACACAAUAAAUAAGUCAAAGAUUACGUUUACGAGUGAA